AAAAUGCUCAAAGAGUAGAAUUAUUAGAACAAAAAAACUUUAAUAUCAUACACAAUAGCCAAGUCUCAUUCACAGUUCUUGGAUACAAGAUAGAUGUAAAUGAAAAUCCAGACAAGGCUCUAUGA